AUGCGCCUCAUCGUCGAUAGCGGUCCGGUGGACGUGACAAAUGUGCUUCACGUCCCGGGGGUGAAGGUGAACCUUCUAUCCGUCCCGCAACUUGCGAAGAAGGGAGUGAUCGCCACGAUCAACGGUGCGAAAAUGAACCUCUUUUGGAAGGGGGAGCAAUUCGCGCAAGGUGUUCUCAACGGAGAUAUCUACCAACUCAAGACGUACUCGAGAGCGGCUUCAUCCAACGUGGCGCAAGGCUCCAAGGCGACUCUCAAGGCGUGGCAUAAUCGGCUUGCGCACGCCAACUACGACUCGGUCAAGGAGUUGGCCAAAAAAGGACUUGCGAAGGGAGUCGACGUGAUCGCCGGCGACGACGAGAAGGGCGUGUGCGCGGCGUGUGUCGAAGGAAAAAUGGCUCGCAAGCCAUUCGGUAGCCGAACGUCACCCCUCGCUAAGAACCCGCUUGCACUUGUUCACAUGGACGUGUGUGGACCGAUGCGGCAUGCAUCAAAGGGAGGAGCGCGGUUCCUCUUAGUGAUGCUCGACGACGCGACGCGGAUGUGUUGGACCCGGCUCUUGAAGGCUAAGGGAGAUGCGGCCAAGGCGAUUCAAGAGUGGGCGCUCGAAGUUUGCGAUGAUGACAAGAAGCGGAUCAAGGCUCGUGCGGCGAUCUACUUGGGAAUUGCGGCGAACGAGUGUGCGUGGCGAGUGUGGGACUUGGGCGACAAGUGCGUCGUCACGUCUCGGGACGUGGUCUUUGAUGAAGACAAGUUCCCGUCGAAGGAGAAACCCACUCAACAACUCACCUUCAUCCUUCCGCCACGAGAGGAGGUUGAAGAGAGUGAGAUUCCACCUCAAGUGGAGAAGGAAGCCGAUGGAGGGGGAGCGAACAGCGAGGAGAGCAUUGAUGAUGUCGUGGAGGUGUUACCAACCAAGGCGGCAACUACCUCCACACCUUCCUCCCUACCAUUGGCCUUGACCCGCGAACGUCGUGAGGUUCGUCCUCCCUCCAAGUACAACGACUACGCAAAGGUAGCCGUUGGGGAGACGGAUAAGGAGGGCACGGCAUUUUGCUUCGCAACCAAGGUGCAACACCUGCUUCUCCUGCACCCACUCCUGCCCCUACACGCACCCGCACUGUUCACGAACAACCUGCGGGCUGCUGACGUGGCGGAGGUGCGCGAUCGAAUCAUGGGUCAUCAGUUGGUCAGUGGCAGCCGCCUCUCUCCCCUCUCCAGACUGCCCAUGCUCGUUGCUUCUUCUCCCCUGUAUCUCCCUCGCCACUUCCUCCUGGGUCUUCCAGAGCAUGAGCGAAAGGAGCUAUGGCAUGCACCUCAUGCUCCUACUUUCCACCACCCCUCCUUCCACUGUACCACAACCCCUUCCUCACCCUCCCUCGGUCACCCGUGCUCGUUGUUUCUUCCUCCUUACCGUUCCCCUCUUCCCCCUCCCAUCCACGCGCUCCAGCUCUUCCUAUGUAUCACGGCAAGGCCCAAUGCAACGGGAAUAAGUGGACGGUUGGGAGUGGGUGGAUGGAAUUGCAUGGAGUGUGGCGGAUGGGAGGGAGUGUGGUGGAUGGGAGGGAGUGUGGUGGAUGGGAGGGAGUGUGGUGGAUGGGAGGGAGUGUGGUGGAUGGGAGGGAGUGUGGUGGAUGGGAGGGAGUGUGGCAGAUGGGAGGGAGUGUGGUGGAUGGGAGGGAGUGUGGUGGAUGGGAGGGAGUGUGGUUAG